GGGGAUUCCGCCAUGGCCCCGUACCGCUGGCGCCAUGGGCGCGGAAGCUUCGACGCCGGGGGCACGGGGCGUGGACGUCAGUCUGGCCACAACCGGUGGAAAGAGAUGGUGGACAGGAGUUGGCUUGGGUGGCAAGCUCUAUGGCUUGCCAUGCAACGCCGAGCACCUUCUGAUCUUCGACCCCAGCUGCUUUACGGAUCCCGUGACCUUCAUUGACACGCGCAGUGUGGCGAAGGGCGAGGGGAAGUGGCGUAGCACCGUAGCGCUGGGAGGGAAACUUUAUGGCAUCCCUGAUCGGGCGGAAGCGAUGCUGAUCUACGACUUUGUUUCCAAACAAGUCAUUGGCAUCGACACGCGAAAAGUUGCCAAGGGGCCUCUGAAGUGGCAAUCCGCAGUUUCGUUGGCAGGAAAGGUCUACGGCAUUCCCUUGAACGCCGAGAAGCUGUUGGUCUUCGACCCCAAGGUCCAUGACAGCUCUGCCAGCCGCCCCAAAUCCAGUCCUUCGAAGUCAGAUGGAUUGAGUGGGGUGGAGACUGGUCACGUUGCCACUGGGAAGCUGAAAUGGCUGGCAGGCUUAAGUCUGGGUGGCAAGGUGAUUGGUGUUCCGUGCAACUCAGAUGCCCUGCUGGUGUAUGAUCCACUGAGCCAUUCCUCAGUGGGUGUUCCAACCAAUUACCACGCCUCGGGACCUUUCAAAUGGCUGUGCGCUGUAGCCUUCCAAGGCAUGCUGUAUGCCAUCCCAUGCCACGCUGACUGCAUCCUGAUCUUUGAUCCUUCCAACAAUCGGCUGUCGCAUGUGGACACCAGAGCUGUCGCUACCGGACCGGGCAAGUGGCUCAGCUGCGUCGUGGUGGCGCAGAAGAUCUACGGCAUCCCGGACCGCGCCUCAAACGUCUUGGUCUUCGAUCCGACCACGGAGGAGGUGUCGGGGAUCGACGUGAGCGGCGUUUGUGAUGGCACGGCCAAGUGGCAAUCCGCGGCGGUGCUGGGGGGCAAAAUCUACGCAGUGCCAUACCAUGCGCACGACAUCUUGGUGGUGGAUCCUGCAUCCUCCACGGCCUCCACCAUCGAUAUCCGAUCUCUGGGCACGGGCAACGGCAAGUGGGGCUUCGGCGCUGUCCUAGGCGGAUCUUUGUGCGGUCUGCCCUGGGAUUCACCGAAGAUCUUGGUCUAUCAGCCAAGCGAAACCAAAGAGGAUCUGUCGCCCUUGGCAGCAAAGCCAUCCGCCGAGAAAGACGUGGACGUGGAUGUGGAGGCAGCCUCGGAUCCGGUGGAGCAUGGCUACAAGGGCACCCCGGACAUCUCUUCGAAGUUGGGCAAGGUGUUGCUGCAGGACUUCGUAGGGGCUUGGCUCAGCGAGUGGAUCUACUUUGCCGAUCCAGCGAAGCCGUAUGCGGUGCCAACCAUGAAGGUCGACGGCAGCCCCGUGAAAUUUCAGGUCCAUAGCGUCAUGGACGAUCCGCUCCUGGGCAGCCCGGCGCGCUCCGCCGUGGUGACCGCCAUGCUGCCCGGAGCGCAGGUGGUGUAUUUGGUCUUCAAAGGCUCAUCCUUUAUGAACGACUUCGUGGCCAAUGCAUCGGUGAGCCCCGACUACACGCCCUUUGAUGCCACCUUUCAGGAUCGGACCACCUUCAUCCACCACGGCGCCUAUCAUGCCACAGCGCAACUGCGAGUGCAGCAGUGGCCAGCCUUACAGGAACAGCUGGAGCGAUGUGUACAAGAUGGUGUGAAGCAGAUGGUCAUCACUGGACAUUCUCUUGGGGGUCAAUAUGCUUUAGCCUUCAUGUUGCAGGUCUUUCUGGAUGGCGUCAAAGGAACUUCACUCCAUCCACUGCUGCAGGAGGCUAGAUGUGCUGCUUUUGGUGCACCCAUGUGUUACGGUGCAGCGGAGGGCUCAGAUAUCCGACAGGACCUUGCCACCUUCUUCCACGCACGCACCGCCGUUUACAUCAACGCGGGAGAUCCUGCACCACGCCUUUGGUCCGAGUUGGAUCUAGAAGACUUUAUGAGGUAUGCCAUUCGUUGGUUUCAGGGUAAGGUGUCGAGCUUUUCUAUGCGCAUCUUGGACUAUGCCGCAGGUGGUCUGGCGCAGAAAGCGCAGGAGAUUCUGAAACGGCCAGAUAUUGAGAAGCAUCUGCUUAGACCAGCAGCGCGCUAUGUACAUUUGUCGCAGAUUCGAGUGUUGGCUAAGGACUUCCUCCUCUGGCGACCUUUGAGCUACGGACGCAUGAACAUCGAUGAACACAGCCUGGCUGCCGGAUACAUCCCUGCAUUAUGCGCAUCCUUCGAUCCCAUUGCAGCGGGGGGUCUGUGGGACGAGAACGGGACAUCCUUGGUGGAUGAGGAAGGUCACGGCAUCGUGUGAGCCCAGGGUUCAUCCAUCGAAGUUGGAUGUUGAC